AUGUCAGAACAACUCAGACAAACAUUUGCUAAUGCUAAGAAUGAAAACAGGAACGCCCUGGUCACAUUUAUGACGGCAGGUUACCCAACAGUCGAAGACACUGUUCCCAUUCUCAAGGGUUUCCAAGACGGUGGUGUGGAUAUCAUCGAAUUGGGUAUGCCCUUCUCUGAUCCAAUUGCUGAUGGUCCUACAAUUCAAUUAUCUAACACUGUUGCCUUACAAAAUGGUGUUACCUUACCCCAAACUCUUGAAAUGGUCUCCCAAGCUAGAAAUGAAGGUGUUACUGUACCUAUCAUCCUAAUGGGUUACUAUAACCCUAUUCUAAACUACGGCGAAGAGAGGUUUAUCCAGGACGCUGCUAAGGCCGGUGCUAACGGUUUUAUCAUCGUCGAUUUGCCACCGGAGGAGGCGUUAAAGGUCAGAAAUUACGUCAAUGAUAACGGCCUAAGCUUGAUUCCGCUAGUGGCGCCUUCUACCACUGAUGAAAGAUUGGAAUUGCUAUCGCAUAUUGCCGAUUCGUUUGUCUACGUUGUAUCCAGAAUGGGUACUACUGGUGUUCAAAGUUCUGUGGCCAGUGAUUUGGAUGAACUCAUCUCUAGAGUCAGAAAGUACACCAAGGAUACACCCUUGGCCGUUGGGUUCGGUGUCUCUACAAGAGACCAUUUCCAAUCAGUUGGUAGUGUUGCGGACGGUGUAGUAAUUGGUUCCAAAAUCGUCACAUUAUGUGGAGAUGCUGCAGAGGGCAAGAGAUAUGACGUUGCUAAAGAAUAUGUAGAGGGUAUUCUAAAUGGUGCCAAGCAUAAGGUUCUGUCCAAGGACGAAUUUUUCGCCUUUCAAAAGGAAUCCUUGAAGUCCGCAAACGUCAAGAAGGAAAUAUUAGAUGAAUUUGAUGAGAACCACAAGCACCCUAUUAGAUUUGGGGAUUUUGGUGGCCAAUAUGUUCCAGAAGCUCUCCAUGCAUGUCUAAGAGAGUUGGAGAAAGGUUUUGAUGAGGCCGUCGCUGAUCCCACCUUCUGGGAAGACUUUAAAUCUUUGUAUUCCUAUAUCGGUCGUCCUUCUUCAUUACAUAAAGCUGAGAGAUUGACCGAACAUUGUCAAGGUGCUCAAAUCUGGUUGAAGAGAGAAGAUCUUAACCAUACGGGGUCUCACAAGAUCAAUAAUGCCUUAGCACAAGUUCUUUUAGCUAAGAGAUUAGGAAAGAAGAACGUUAUUGCCGAAACCGGUGCUGGUCAACACGGUGUUGCCACUGCCACUGCAUGUGCUAAGUUUGGCUUAACAUGUACUGUGUUCAUGGGUGCAGAAGAUGUUCGUCGCCAAGCUUUGAACGUCUUCAGAAUGAGAAUUCUUGGUGCCAAGGUUAUUGCUGUUACUAAUGGUACAAAGACUCUAAGAGACGCUACUUCAGAAGCAUUCAGAUUUUGGGUUACUAACUUGAAGACCACUUACUAUGUUGUCGGUUCCGCCAUUGGUCCUCACCCAUAUCCAACCUUGGUCAGAACUUUCCAAAGUGUCAUUGGUAAGGAAACUAAGGAACAAUUUGCCGCCAUGAACGAUGGUAAAUUACCUGACGCUGUUGUUGCAUGCGUUGGGGGUGGUUCCAACUCUACAGGUAUGUUUUCGCCAUUUGAGCAUGAUACUUCCGUUAAGCUAUUGGGUGUGGAAGCCGGUGGUGAUGGUGUAGAUACAAAGUUUCACUCUGCUACUUUAACUGCUGGUAGACCUGGUGUCUUCCAUGGUGUCAAGACUUAUGUCUUGCAAGACAAUGAUGGUCAAGUCCAUGAUACUCAUUCUGUUUCUGCUGGGUUAGAUUACCCAGGUGUUGGUCCAGAAUUGGCAUAUUGGAAAUCCACUGGGCGUGCUCAAUUCAUUGCAGCUACUGACGCCCAAGCUCUGCUCGGUUUCAAAUUACUGUCUCAAUUAGAAGGUAUUAUUCCUGCUUUAGAAUCCUCUCAUGCUGUUUACGGUGCUUGUGAAUUGGCCAAGAAGAUGAAGCCUGAUCAACAUUUGGUCAUCAAUAUUUCUGGUAGAGGUGAUAAAGAUGUCCAAAGUGUCGCUGAAGUCUUGCCGAAAUUAGGCCCAAAGAUUGGUUGGGAUUUGAGAUUCGAAGAAGACCCAUCUGCUUAA